ACAAAAUCCAUAAGAAGAAAAGUACGAGAGAAAUACAGAGAAGGCGAAGAACACAAUGGGGAAAGAUCUGAGCAACGAUCAAAUCUCCUCCAUGAAGGAGGCAUUCACUCUCUUCGAUACCGACGGAGACGGCAAAAUCUCACCGUCGGAGCUAGGUAUCCUAAUGCGUUCACUCGGAGGUAAUCCGACUCAAGCUCAACUCAAAUCAAUAAUCGCCGAGGAAAAACUCACAUCGCCGUUCGAUUUCAACCGGUUUAUGGAACUCAUGUCGAAACACUUGAAGCCGGAGCCAUUUGAUCGCCAAUUACGCGAUGCGUUCAAGGUACUUGAUAAAGACGGUACUGGUUACGUUGUUGUUUCGGAUCUAAAGCAUAUUUUAACUAGUAUUGGUGAGAAGCUUGAGCCUUCGGAAUUUGAUGAGUGGAUCCGAGAAGUUGAUGCUGGAUCCGAUGGUAAGAUCCGGUAUGAAGAUUUCAUUGCUAGGAUGGUUGCCAAGUGAUUUUUGCAUGAAAUUCGCAUCUUCGGCUAUAUUACUCAAUAGCAAGAAACAGGACCUAACUUUGCCCUCUCAUUUGUAUGUUUAAGUGUAUCUUUCAUUAGCCAUUUUGCUAAUCGUCUAUUUUAUUGUAUUUUCCCCUUGCACUGUCAUGGAACAACUCAUUGUUCAAAUGUUUGGAUUAUAUCCAGGUAUGUGGUAUGCAAUCGCUUCUUGCAAUGUUAAACCAGUUAUGUAUAGUUCAAAUGCCAUGUAUCUUUUAACUCAGCGCUUCAAUGUUUCUACUUCUUGUAGUGGAAUAUCUUUGUUCAUUUAUUAAAUCAAAACUUCAGCAGUAA